AUGCGCGCGUGGGUGCUGCCGUGCGUGCUGUUGGGGAGCGUGCUGGUGAAGUGGGCCAUGGGGCUCGGGUCGUACUCAGCAGGGCAGGGGACGCCGCCGCUGUUCGGCGACUACGAGGCGCAGCGGCACUGGAUGGAGAUCACCGUGCACCUCCCCGUGCGCGAGUGGUACACGUACGACCUGCAGUACUGGGGGCUCGACUACCCGCCGCUCACCGCGUACGUCUCGUGGCUCUGCGGCAUCGUUGGGUCGUGGUUCGACCCGGCGUGGUUCGCGCUGGAUAGGUCGCGCGGGAUCGAGACGCCCGGGAGCAAGGUGUACAUGCGCGCGACCGUGCUGGCGCUCGACACGCUGGUAUACCUCCCCGCGGUGCUGCUCUUCACGCGCGUAUGGCACCCGCACCGGUCGAAGCGCUCACAGGUGCGAAAUGUAGCGCUGAUCACGGUGCUGCUCCAACCUGCGCUUUUACUAAUCGACUUCGGGCACUUUCAGUAUAAUUCUGUCAUGCUCGGGUUCACGUUGCUUGCGUUGAAUUGUUUCGCAAAAAAUCGCGAUCUGCUGGGCGCGUUCUUCUUUGUUCUGAGUCUCGGGUUCAAGCAGAUGGCACUGUACUACGCGCCUGCCAUCGGCUCGUAUUUGAUCGGGAAGUGCAUCUAUCUCGGACCAAAAGACGGGUUACAGCUAUUCAUCCGCCUGGCAUUCGUCACCUCCGUCACCUUCCUCCUCCUCUUCCUGCCCUGGCUCCCCCCCUUCGCCCCGCCCCGCGCGAUCCUCGACCCCGUCUCGCGCAUAUUCCCGUUCGACCGCGGCCUGUUCGAGGACAAGGUCGCGAACUUCUGGUGCGCGUCGAACGUGGUGUUCAAGUGGCGCGCGUGGCUCGAGCGCGGGGCGCUCGUGAAGCUGUCGGCGGGGCUCACCGCGCUGGGGUUCUUGCCCGCUGUGGUCACGCUCAGCGACGGGACGACGCCCGUCCUCCGCCUGCUCCCCUACGCGCUGCUCACGUCCUCCAUGGCCUUCUUCCUCUUCUCCUUCCAGGUGCACGAGAAGACUAUCCUGCUCCCGCUCCUGCCCGUGACGCUGCUGCUGUCGGGCGCCGCGCCGGAUUCGGGCCCGUUCGCGUGGUGCGCGCUCGUGAACAACGUCGCGGUGUUCAGCAUGUGGCCGCUGCUGAAGAAAGAUGGGCUGGGCACGCAGUAUCUCGCGGCGAUCGUGAUGUGGAAUAGGGUGAUUGGGUACCGGCCGUUCAGGGUGCGGGAGGGGAUGUUCGUGCAGUAUUUGUCGAUGGUGGUGUACGUGACCCUGCUGCUCCUGCACGUCCUCGAGAUGCUCGUGCCCCCGCCCGCACGCUACCCGGACCUCUUCGCGGCGCUGAACGUCCUCGCGAGCACGCCCGUCUUUGUACUUACGUGGCUGUGGAGUAUUAAAUGUGGUGCGCAGGCGCUGUGGGCGCUCGGCGGGCUCGGGGCGGGAGCGGGCGCUGGGAGCAGGCAUAAGCGGACGACGACGCUGUCGCCGGUGAAGGAGGGGGAGGAGAGGGUGCAGGCGACGGGUUUGGGUUUUGGGGUUGCUGGGGAGGUGCAUCAGAGGAGGGGAUCGAAGGGGGAUGCGCGGACUACGUAG